UAAUUUAUGAUCAUUACAGUGACAGAUAGAAUUCGUUCCCUGGCUCAAAUUUCGGUCAGCAUUUGGAGUGACUGAGUGCAAGUGUGUCACGAAAAGUUUUUAUUUUAAUUCUUUUGGCCGAUGCUUGCGUGUAACGCCGCUACCAGCGUGCGGAGUGAUUAGAGUGUCACCUAGGUAACAUUCCGAGAAACUCGCUGCGUCAGUCGCCGGUGGUAUGGUUAGAGCGCUGUCUCAGGACGGCGAAGUGGGAACGAGGAUGACGGCGGAAAGCCGGCGCGCGGACUUUCUCAUGAUGGGUGGCGACGUGAGUCUCGUCGAGGACAACAUGUCCGACGACAUCAGCGAGCUGGACAAGAACUCCAUCAAUUUGCCAGAAGGGAAGGAAGAGCCAAGGAGACCAUCAGGAAUGGCACCGACGACGACGAUAGAGACAGUGACGAUCGUUCGACCGCUCAAGCCCGAACACGGCACUCCCGGGAACCAUCCAAGAAAGGGAGGUCGGGCAGGAAAAGGUGAGGACAGUUGGUCGUGUCGUGUCGACGAACCCGAACGAUUGUCUGUCACUCUGUCGAGUCGUCCUCCUGCUCCUGGGUUAGAGAGAGAGUCCCCUUUGAGUCAGGGUUUCGAUCCCGUGACGAGAAGUGUGUAG